AUCCUGAGUCUCACAGUUCAAGCUAAUCAUUGACAGAGCUUUACAAUCACAAGCUUUUACUGAAGCGUUGAUAAGACAGUCAAGCAGUUAGUGGCAAAUGAAGCCAGUCUGUGCGGCAAGAUCUCCAGGGAAUGAAUGGAUUUUUUUCAGUACUGAAGAAAGAAACAUAUGCUAUAGGAAAACAAUGUCCAACGCGGGACUGCAAAGAUUUGUCAUCCUGUCAGCAUUUAUUCUCCUAGGAGCUGUUACUGGAUUCUCCGGAGACGGAAGAGCUAUAUGGUCUAAAAAUCCUAAUUAUAGUCCGGUAAAUGAAAGUCAGCUGUUUCUCUAUGACACUUUUCCUAAAAACUUUUCCUGGGGCGUUGGCACUGGAGCAUUUCAAGUGGAAGGGAAUUGGAAGACAGAUGGAAAAGGUCCUUCUAUAUGGGAUCAUUUCAUCCAUACACACCUUAAAAAUGUCAGCAGCAAUGAUAGUUCCAGUGACAGUUACAUUUUUCUGGAAAAAGAUUUGUCGGCUUUGGAUUUUAUAGGAGUUUCUUUUUAUCAAUUUUCCAUUUCCUGGCCAAGGCUCUUCCCUGACGGAAUAGUAACAGUUGCCAACGCAAAGGGUCUGCAGUACUAUAAUAGUCUUCUGGACGCUCUAGUACUUAGAAACAUUGAACCUAUAGUUACUUUAUACCAUUGGGAUUUGCCUUUGGCACUGCAAGAAAAAUAUGGGGGGUGGAAAAAUGAGACCAUAAUAGAUAUCUUCAAUGACUAUGCCACAUACUGUUUCCAGACAUUUGGGGACCGUGUCAAAUACUGGAUUACAAUUCACAACCCAUAUCUAGUUGCUUGGCAUGGGUAUGGGACAGGUAUGCAUGCCCCUGGAGAGAAAGGAAAUCCAGCAGCUGUCUACUCUGUGGGACACAACCUGAUCAAGGCUCAUUCGAAAGCUUGGCAUAACUAUAAUACAAAUUUCCGCCCACAUCAGAAGGGUUCGUUAUCGAUCACGUUGGGAUCCCACUGGAUUGAACCAAACAGAUCAGAAAACAUGACAGAUAUACUCAAGUGCCAACAGUCCAUGGUUUCUGUGCUCGGGUGGUUUGCCAACCCUAUCCAUGGGGAUGGUGACUAUCCAGAGAUGAUGAAAAAGGAGUUGCUCUCCAUUCUGCCCUCUUUCUCUGAAGCAGAGAAGGAUGAGGUGAGAGGCACAGCUGACUUCUUUGCCUUUUCCUUUGGACCCAACAAUUUCAAGCCCCAGAAUACCAUGGAUAAAAUGGGACAAAAUGUGUCACUCAAUUUAAGAGAAGUGCUGAACUGGGUUAAACUGGAAUACGGCAACCCCCGAAUCUUAAUUACUGAGAAUGGCUGGUUCACAGACAGUCAUGUGGAAACAGAAGAUACCACAGCGAUCUACAUGAUGAAGAAUUUCCUCAACCAGGUUCUGCAAGCAAUACGGUUUGAUGAAAUACAAGUGUUUGGUUACACUGCCUGGUCUCUCCUGGAUGGCUUUGAAUGGCAGGAUGCUUACACCAUUCGCCGAGGAUUAUUUUAUGUGGAUUUUAAUAGUAAACAAAAAGAAAGAAAGCCCAAGUCUUCAGCACAUUACUAUAAACAGAUCAUACAAGAAAAUGGUUUUACUUUAAAAGAGUCCACACCAGAUGUGCAGGGUCAGUUUCCCUGCAACUUCUCCUGGGGUGUCACUGAAUCUGUCCUUAAGCCAGAAUUGGUGGCUUCCACCCCACAGUUCACCGAUCCUCACCUGUAUGUGUGGAAUGUGACAGGCAACAGACUGUUGUACCAAGUGGAAGGAGUGAGGCUGAAAACACGGCCAAGUCAAUGCACGGAUUUUUUCAGUAUCAAAAGACAACUUGAUAUGUUGGCAAGAAUGAAAGUCACCCAUUACCGGUUUGCUCUGGACUGGCCCUCAAUCCUUCCCAAUGGCAACCUGUCCACAGUUAACCGACAAGCUCUGAGGUACUACAGGUGUGUGGUCAGUGAGGGACUGAAGCUCAACAUUUCCACAAUGGUCACAUUGUACUACCCGACCCACGCCCACCUAGGCCUCCCCACGCCGCUGCUGCAGAGCGGAGGAUGGCUGAACCCAUCGACGGCCAAGGCCUUCCAGGACUAUGCCGGGCUGUGCUUCCAAGAGCUGGGAGACCUGGUGAAGCUCUGGAUCACCAUCAACGAGCCCAAUCGGCUGAGUGACAUCUACAAACGCACUAGUAAUGACACCUAUAGGGCCGCCCAUAACCUGCUGAUCGCCCACGCCCUAGCCUGGCACCUCUAUGACCGGCAGUACCGGCCCGCGCAGCGCGGGGCCGUGUCGCUGUCUCUGCACGCGGACUGGGCGGAACCCGCCAACCCGUACGCUGACUCGCACUGGCAGGCGGCCGAGCGCUUCCUACAGUUCGAAAUCGCCUGGUUUGCAGAACCCCUCAAGACCGGAGACUACCCGCUGGCCAUGAGGGAGUACAUCGCCCUCAAGAACAAGCAAGGCCUGUCGCGCUCCACGUUGCCUCAGUUCACCAAGGAGGAAAGGAGGCUGGUCAAGGGCGCUGCCGACUUCUAUGCCCUGAACCACUUCACCACCAGGUACGUGAUGUACGCGCGCCAGAACGGCAGCCGCUACAACGCGGACAGGGACGUCCAGUUUCUGCAGGACAUCACCUGCCUGACCUCCCCCACCCGCCUGGCUGUGCUGCCCUGGGGGCAGCGAAAGGUGCUGAGCUGGAUCCAAAGGAACUAUGGCGACAUGGAUGUUUACAUCACAGCCAAUGGCAUCGACGACCAAUCUCUGGAAAAUGAUGAACUCCGAAAGUACUACUUAGAGAAAUACAUUCAGGAGGCCUUGAAAGCAUACCUGUUUGAUAAAGUCAAAAUCAAAGGCUAUUAUGCAUUCAAACUGACUGAAGAAAAAUCUAAGCGCAAAUUUGGAUUCUUCACAUCUGAUUUCAAAGCAAAGUCCUCAAUUCAGUUUUACAACCACCUCAUCAACAACAGUGGCUUCCCCUCUGAGAACAGCAAUCAUAUAUGCAGCCAGAUGCAAAUAAACACAGAUUGCACUGCCUGCUUACUUCUUUCGCAGAAGACACCACUGAUAUUCUUUGGUUGUUGCUUCUUCUCCACCGUGGUUCUACUUUUAUCACUUAUCAUUUUUCAUAAGCGAAAGAGAAGAACAUUUCGAAAAACAAAGAACAUACAACAUAUACCAUUAGAGGAAACCCACAAGAAAGUUCCUAGCUAAACUGACCCUAUUCUGUUAGCAUGACAGAAAGUUUCAAAAUUCACUCCAGUUCCAUAUACCAGUGACUCACAAAAGAUAUGCCUAUAUCGUAGAAGACAGUUUGAGGUAGCCAAGGUGAUGACAAUGUCUCUGUUGUGUGGUUCAAAUGAAUUUUCCCUUAGGUGUUUACUGUUGACAACAGUGAAUUCUUGGAUAUGAAGAUAAAAGCUUGUAGACAGUAAACUAUAAGGAUUAUGAUACACUGCUCAUGACAUUUGAUGAGCUGUUUUCCAUCAUUCCUCUCUAGCUAUCUUUUUUUUUUAAGGAGGGCGCAGCUCACAGUAGCCCAUGUGGGGAUAGAACCGGCAACCCUGGUGUUAUCAGCACCAUGCUCUAACCAACAGAGCUAACCGGCCACCCCCUAGCUAUCUUUCAUAAAUACCUAUAGCUACUUAGCAUAAAAGAAAUUUUUGAAAAAGUGCAACUUUUUGUUAUACUCCAUACCAGAGAUUUAAAACUCUUAACACUGGAUAGUGCUAUAUUCUGUCACUUCUAACAAGGUGCUUUCCCCUUUAAGACAGAGUGAUUCUCAAAUGGAAAGGAAAAAACACAGUAGGGUAAACAGUGCUUAUCUAUAACCAGUUACAGCACACACUUAGACACAUCAAUCCUUUAGUUUUACUCAGUAGAAAAAAAAUUAUCAAGCAUUUAUAAAGCAUCUAAUUUUGAGGUCUUUUAUCAGAUCUGAUUUUUUAAAAAUAAGGUUAACUUCCAAAACUCACUUCAUGGAAAGGUAAGAGUACUAAGAUUAAGGAGAGCUAGACACAAAUGCCUGUGAAGAUACUACAUGCAUAGAUGGAUCAACCUCUCAAGGCGUAGAAUGCUGCCAUAUCUGGACCUAGCAACUGUGACUCUCGAUGCAAUUCCGAAUGUUGAUGGUCUGAAUGAGUUAACUUUUUACAUUGGACCUUUUGAAGCUGGGAUAAAGUAAAUCCUUAAAUCUGUACUUGGCAGUUUGACUUUCUUGAACUCUGUACUCAAGAUUUGUUCAGUGAACCAUUGUCAGAAAUCUUGAAUGUAAACCCAUUUAUACCGAUUGUUUCUUUAGGUUAAUCAACACUUAAAUAACCCAUUGCACACAGUAGCUAGUCACUAUCCACCCUCUGCGGGAAUUUAGACUUUGUUAAAAGUCAAAGAAAAACGCUUUGGUUCAAAAAGCCUUGGUAGGAAACUACCCUAAAUUAAGGCAGUUGUGAUUUGUUUUCUGGGUCCACCUAUUAUGUCAGAAGCCCAAUUUCAUAGAUAUAAGAUUCUAAGUGCUAAUGAAUAGCUGUUUCAAUGAUACUGUAGAGGUAACAUAAUUGUUCGAGUAAUUGCAAAAGGAAUGAGAAAUAAAAUUUGUUAUUUGGCUGGCAAAAUACUAAAAUUUUGCGUGUUUUUCUGUUCUCCUUGCCCCCACUGUACUCACUCCUCCAACCAUAGCAGUUUUUAGGUUAGCCUUUCCAAGGAAUUUUUGGUAUUUUCUCUUUGAGAACUCACUAAGUGGACCUGAGGCUAUACAAAAUUACAAUAACUGGUCAACUGUUUUUAAUACACUCGGUCUGACAAUUAAGUUCGAGAACUUGUUGCAAUGAUGUUGCUAACCUUUUUAGAUUAUCAGAGGGAUUAUUCAUUAUGAAUUUGUACCAACUGGACAGUUAACCAAGUUU